AGUAACAAGAUGCAGUUCAAGUUCCUGUACUUCUUCCUGGCUGUGAUGACCAUCUUCAUCCUGGGCGCCAAGGAGGCCGAGGCCGACUGUCUUUCCGGAAGGUAUGGAGGUCCCUGUGCCGUCUGGGACAACGAGACCUGCCGUCGUGUGUGCAAGGAGGAGGGACGAGUCAGUGGACACUGCAGCCCCAGCCUGAAGUGCUGGUGCGAAGGAUGCUAAAUCCGAUUCCACUCCGGAGGAUGUUGCCGAGCAGUCCCGAAAUCGUAUAAAAACUCCUAAUGUGUAGCAUUGGUUGAGAACUACAAAUACAUAUUUUGUUGCAAAGUA